AUUAAAUUAAUGCCACAAAGAAGGGAAGAAUCAGGCAGUUGACACCGUGGAUUCGUGGUGAGCCUCAUCCAAUCAAAUAAUAGGUUAUUCGCUUGGAGAAGCCGGCUUUUUCUUUCUGUAUUCAUGCAUUAUUUGUGGUAGUUAUGACGGAAAUGUUUUCAACUCUGUUCGGGCAAAAUGAAGCUCAGGGUCCACCCGUCUCAUCGUCUCUGGGUUUCGGACCGGGGAAACCUCCGCCGCCUCUGCCGCAGAGUCAAGUCUCCAUGGUGGGGCAGCUGCCAGCACAGCUCGGGGAUGAAGGGCCUGCUCUUCGGAAGACCGGAGUCAUGAAUGAACCUUUCUAUUUACUACGAGAGCUUCCUGUGGGGAAUGAGUUAACGGGAAACACCAACCUCAUCACACAUUACAACUUGGAACAUGCCUACAACAAAUUCUGCGGGAAGAAGGUGAAGGAGAAACUCAGCAACUUUCUGCCAGAGUUACCAGGUAUGAUUGACUGUCCGGGCACUCAGGACGGCAGCUCAUUGCGGUCACUUAUCGAUAAACCUCCAGUUUGUGGGAACUCCUUCAGUCCUCUGACCGGUGCUCUGCUUACAGGCUUCAGACUACACACAGGACCGCUGCCAGAACAGUACAGAUUGAUGCACAUACAGCCCCCAAAGAAGAAGAGCAAACACAAGCACAAACACCACCGACCGCAGGAUCCACUACCACAAGAAACUCCAUCAGACUCUGAUCCCAAGAAGAAGAAGAAAAAGAGAGAUGAUGAUCCUGACCGAAAGAAAAAGAAGAAAGACAAGAAAAAGAAGAAGAACCGCCACAGUCCAGACCACCCCGGCCUCGCUGGAUCACAACCCAACAGCAACAGCCUCAGAUAGACGGAGCCCACUGUGUGCGUGCACGCCUGUGUUUGAAUGUGUGUGUGUGUGCAUUUUGUAAGAGGAUGACUGCGUUUUCCAGAUAAUUGUAUUAAUAGGUUUAAUGAGAGAAGACAUGAUGGAAAUAAGAGGGAUGAAUGAUGUGUGUAAGAAGAUGGGAGCUGCAAUGUGACGGAUGUUAAAGUGAAAAAGGCAGAAAGUUGCUGUCGAGCUGUGUGAUUAUGAAUGACUGAGCAGACACUGUAUGUAUGUUCCUCUUUGACUCUGUUGUGAUAUCUUUUGACCAUAAUGCCAAAAUCAAAUAAACUUUGGUUAUUAUCUUUG